AUGAAUGGGUCGAAUAGUAAAAGAACAUUUUUUGAUUUUUCGGAGGAUGAUUUGAAAAAGAUGAACAAAGCAACCAACAAACCAGAAGUGAAGGGUGAUGAAUUGAAGAAACCAGACGAACAUCCAACUUCUUUAAAUUCAUCUCAUUUAGCUCACUCGGAAGGAAGCGAAUCAAAGAUGGUUGUUCCUAAAAAGAGAUCAAUGGCCGUCAACCCUCAUGAACCUCUCUAUGUUGGUGAAAAUGGUGUUGGAAGAAGAUCAAUUAUUGAAUCAUUGGCCUAUAAGAUUACUAAAAAUCCAGAAAAUGUUCCAGAACGUUUGAGGAACACAAAAAUAAUUGAGCUCUCUGUUGAUAACUUGUAUGGAUGCAAUGUUACAAAUAAUAUUUGCACAACCUUCUUCAAUGCAUUGAAAUCACUCAAGGUUUAUGAUGCCUUUAAUUAUGAUUUGCCUCCAAAUCCAAAAUUAAUGUCGAUUGAGGAAAAGAAAGCGCAUCUAUACGGAAAUAAUCCGCCUCCAACAGCUCAUGAUGAGGAUGUCGAAAGAUUGUUCAACGAAAUGGUUGAAUCUGUACAAUUAUAUAGAGAAAAUAGAGAAAAAACUAAUCAACCUAAGAUUUUAUUUAUUCAUCAAUUUUAUAAUAUGGUAGAUGAUUAUUCAUACUCUUUCUAUGAUAGUGUAUCAUCAGUUUUGCAACCUUUAUUGGAAAAGAAGAGGCUUAAAUUAGUAACAUGUAUGACACCAUCUGAGUAUGCCAAAUUCACAAAGAAUCCACUUGCUUCUCAUUUUGAAGUUAUCAAAGUUGGUGAGCCAAACUUUGCCACUACAUUGGAUAUUGUAACAAAGAAGAAGGAAUAUUUGGAAGCAUCUCAUGGAGUUUUUAUUGAUAAUGAUAUCGUUGAAGAGGCUCUCUUACUCUCUAAUAGAUAUAUCCCACUCAAGGCAAAUCCAAUGAAAUGUAUUUCAGUUCUAGAUGAGUUGGCAUCAAUUGUUGAAAAGAGAGGUUGUUCAAUUCCUAUUAAUGUAUUGGAGUUAGAGGAUAAGAUUAAGAAGGUGUCAAUUGAUAUUGACAAAAAGAGUGAUGAUGAUAUUGAUACUUCUUCAUUAAUGAAAAAAUUGGAAAAGCUUAAGGAAUCAUACGCAACAAAAUAUUCUGCUUGGAAGGCUGAGUACCAAGCUCUUCAGUCUUACAGAGAAAAUAGAGUUAGAUUAAUAGGGUUGAAGAAGGAACUUGGUGAUUGUAUUGCAUCUAUUACCAGUCCUGACUGCGAGUCUGCCAAGAGGGCAUCAAAAAUAAUUGAAGAUGAUAUUCCAGAAGUGAAGGCAAGUUUGAAAAUCUUUGAAAAACAGUCUGCCAAAAACAAAUAUGUCAACAAUAGAGCUACUUUGGAUGACUUGUCUGUAGUGAUUUCUAGAAUGUCUGGAAUUCCUCAAAAGGAUUUGUAUUUCACAACUCAAAAGAAUCAUUCUCUUAAUAAUAUGGAGUCUAUCUUGGAAGAACAGGUAAUUGGACAAAAACAAGCAAUUUCUUCCAUUUCAAAAACAAUACGAGUUGCCAAGCUAGGUCUCAGAGAUGCUAACAAACCUCAAGCUUCACUCCUAUUUUGUGGAUUUUCAGGGGUUGGUAAAACUGAGCUUGCUAAACAAAUAGCUAAAGUUGUUUAUGGAAAUGAAAAUUCUGUAUCUGUAAUUGACAUGACAAAGUAUAAUACUGAGUUCUCUGUAUCCGGAUUGAUAGGCACAUCGGCUGGCUAUGUAGGUUACGAUGAUGGUGGCGAGCUAACCAACACAAUCAAGAAGAAUCCAUUCCAAGUAAUUAUUUUUGAUGAAAUUGAAAAGGCACACAGUAGAGUUUGGAAUAUUUUAUUACCAGUUUUUGAGGAAGGUGUUUGUCAGAAUAAUUAUGGUGAAAGUGUUUCUCUGAAAGAUACAAUUAUCAUUCUUACAUCUAAUGUGGGUACAAAACGAUUGUUCCAACACAAGGAAGAGGACAAGGAUUUGACACAACAAGAAAUCUUCCAUGAAGAAAUCAAGGAAACUUUUGCUCCUGAAUUCCUCAAUAGAUUAGAUGAUAUCGUCAUUUUCAAUGAGCUUUCCAUGCAUGAUUUGGAUAAGAUUUUGUCAAUUCAAUUGAGAAAGUUAGAAGAAAGACUUUCAAAGAAGAGAGAAAUCAAGAUUGAACUCUCUACUGAAGCUAGACAAUUCUUAAUUUUUAACUCAUUUGAUAUUCAGUUGGGUGCUCGUCCAAUUAAGAGAAAUAUUCAAAACUACUUAUCGGCACCAAUUUCAGACCUCUUCUAUCAAGGAAAAUUGGACAAGCAUUGUACUUUGAAGGUAGAUGUUGAUGAGAAGAAAUUGAAAGUGGAAGUGAUAGUAGAUGAGAAGAAGGAAAGUCAAGAAAAGAGGAAACGAAACAAUGAUUAUGAUGACUUAUUAGAACUCGAUCACAAACUUAAGAAUGCUAUCAAAUCAUCAAAUGUAGAAUAA